UGAUUUGGAUGUCUCUGAUUAAUCCUCGCAUUCUCUUGGACAGGGAACUGAUGCGAUUGGCUCUUGACCCCUGCAGACUUUCCCCGCAAAAUGCCCAGGAGCACGGCACAGGAUCUUAUCAACUCAGAGCGCUGGCACUCACCAUCUUCACUUCUUCGCAUGACAUUUAUCAAAGGUUAACCACCGCCAUAAUUGAGUACGAUACCGGUAUAGAGCUUUCCGGCGACUAAGCCCGAGUUGAUCGCGUCCUGGAUCGUCCGAAUUGCACGAGAACGAGGAUGUAGCGAUGGACAAGGACUCUCUUCACGGUGAUUGCGUACACAACCAGAAGCCAGCUAGGAAUACGUUUCGAAGACCACGUGCAGGGCGUGCCUGUGGGUCUUGCCAUUCAAAAAGGGUUCGAUGUGAUGCUGGCAUUCGUGGCCUGCCGUGCACAAACUGCACAGCCUUUUCUUUAGAAUGUAGCAUCCCACCUAAAAAGAAGGAACGUGAAGGAGAAACGGUUAAUGGAUUGAAGCGAACAAGACCCAGAAGAAGGAAUGCCCAGGAGGCUCUGGCACCCAAAGAGUCAUCCAGCUCACCAGAGCCAGAGUAUGCCGACAACUACGCAAAGCUAAUCAAGCCCGAGGUUGCCGCAUCCACCAUCCAAGAUGCCGGGAGAGUAUUCUAUCUGGCAGAAAUGUCAAACAUGUCGGUCUUGAUACAUGACUACUACCACCCAGCAUCAAAGGUCCACUAUCAACUCCCCUUGGACUGGGAAAAGGGGCCACUUCUGCCGUCCGCAACGGAUGACAUCGAACUCGAGAUCUUACGAGCUCGAGGAGCCCUCUCUCUACCUCCCAAGGAAAUAUGCGAUAAACUAGUCAAUGCCUUCUUCACCUGGGUAGCACCCAUAGUGCCCAUCAUCAACAAACAUUCUUUCAUGAAACAAUAUCAUGAUCCGAAUAACCCCCCCUCAAUCCUCCUUAUGCAAGCUAUUCUCCUGGCUGGUUCGCGAGUCUGUCCAUCUUCAACGUCAAUGGACUCGUCGAAUCCAUUUGCAACACUCUUCUAUCAACGCGCCAAAGCGCUCUACGAUGCCGACCACGAAAAAGACCGCGUAACAACGGUUCAAUCUCUUAUCUUGUUGGGCUGGUAUUGGGAGGAUCCUGCUACCGUAACGAAAAAUGUCUUCUAUUGGAACGGCCUCGCAAUCAGCAUCGCGCACGGCUUUGGCAUGCAUCGCAGUGUUGAGUCCUCUGACCUGAGUACAGAAAAUAAGAGAUUGUGGAAGAGGAUUUGGUGGACACUGUUUACGAGGGAUAGAAGCGUGGCGGCGGCUUUGGGACGACCGUGUCAUGUUGAUAUGAGGGAUUCGGAUGUGGAAAUGAUUUGUGAGGAGAGCUUUAUCGAAGGUGAUGGCGAGGUAAAUAAGACUCAUGCCCAGUUCUUUCUCAGCUACGUCAGGCUUUCGAUUGUUAUGGAUCGGAUCAUGGUUGAGAAUUACUCAACAAAGGCUAAAACGAAUGCUGCGGUCUUCACACAGUGUGAUCAGGCUUUAUCAGAUUGGUUGAACAAUGUUCCGAAGGAGGUUAGGUGGGAGGGGGGACGGUACAAUUUCUGGUCAUGUUAUCUGCAUUGCAUAUUCCAGACUGCCCGCUGUCUGUUAUACCGCGCUUAUUUGCCAACCUCACUCUCGAGAUCACGGAACGUACUGAGGUGGAGUCCGGCGUUCCAGUCAGCGGAGGUCAUUACUUCUCUUGCUGAGGAGUUGAUGGCUCAUGAUGAGCUGCAGUAUACGCCGCCUUUUAUGAUUUAUACAUUAUUAUCAGCACUAAUGGUGCAAAUCUAUCAACUGCGCAAGACAUCGCCGGAUCUAAUCACUACCUCAGCCAUAAAAGAACAGAUUUCAAUCUGCAUGCAAGCACUAGAACAAGUAUCCAAAACAUGGCUCGUAGCAACAAUGGUCCAUAAACUAUUCGAGAACAUCCUCGGAUGGUACGUCCCGGACGCUCCAGCUCAGGAAACUCCCAAAGCCCCACCGUUUGGGAUAACAGUAGGGGAUUUGGGGGCACAAACAGCUGCUGAAUACUCGUUGUUGAAUGCUGCGAGACCAGUGUCCACGUUGCCAGUUAGGACGAAGCCAUUAACGAAGGGACUGGAGGAUUAUCUGGAAGCGGCAUUGCAGAUUGCUAGAUCUUCUGCUUCUGAACUAAGAAACAGCUAUGCCACGAGGUCAGAACGGCCUGCACGGCAAUUGAAUCGUCCAGCACCACAGGAUAAAGGACUUCUAUUCUUGCCGGAAGACGAGGAGCUGAAGUGGGAUGAAGAGGAUCGGCCGAGGACGCCGGCAAGCACUGGAUUGAAUCCUGAUGUGUGGUCUGAAUUCUUUGGCUGAACGUAUGCAACAGAAGGAAUGGAUGCCUCAAGAUUGAGUAAUUUGAUGCGACUAGAUUUUCAGCCCAAAUCGACUGUCAACGAUGGGAUUUGUGGGAGAAAUGCUUGUUAUCGAGGGAGCUGCGUUUCCAUGCCCCGCAACACAUAACGGGGCAAACCCAG